AUGUUUCAUCAUCUCUCGUCUGUUCUCUUCCUCAGGAUCCACCCGAGCCCUACGGCCGGCUCUGGAGCGUCAUCAAAUCACGGAAAAGGAAAACCAUCACUGCGCCGCAUCAAGGGCCGCGUCCACCGCAGCAAGAGCCUGGACAGCAUUGACCUGCUGGACUCUAACCUGUUUGCGGAGAGCGUUCGGAGGGAAGCCUACUGCGGCGGCCUCAUCCAGGUGGACCUGAGCGAGAGGGACGACCCCAAAGACCCCGCACGAGCCGGACUCUUUGUAGCCCCGGUGUUGGUGACAUUCAAGAGGGCAUGGUGGUGGUGGUGGUGGUUGUUCCCGGACGAUCCAUUCAGAACGUGA